AUGUCCGCAUCCGAGGACUUUGGCGGCUGGCAGCCUGCGCCAGGCGAGUCGCCCGCCGAGCGCGAGAAGCGGCUCAAGCGGGAGAAGCGAGCGGCCAAGCUCGCCGAAGUCAAUGGGACCGCGCCCGCUCCCGCCCCUCGACCUCAGGCGAAUGGAAACAGCGGCGAGGCGUAUGGAGGGUGGAUGCCCGCGCCGGGAGAGUCGCCGGCUGAAAGGGAGAAGAGGUUGAAGAGGGAGAAGCGGGCGCAGAAGUUGGCGGAGCUGAAUGGCGGUUCAGGAGGAGGAGGAGGACAGGCGAGUUACGAUGCCCCGCCGCAUGGUGCAAGGUCGGCGACGAGGGAGAACUACGGCGGGUGGCAGCCUGCGCCGGGGGAGAGUCCGGCGGACCGGGAGAAGCGCCUUAAGCGCGAGAAGAGGGCUGCUAUGCUCGCUUCUCAAGGCGGCGCACCUCCCCCCUCGCACACUCCCUCCUCUUUCGUCCCCUCGCCAUCGUCGCUCUCGACUCCCGCCGCACCCGCAUCGGACGCCGGGACUGCCGAUACCGCGGCGAAGAAGUCGAAAAACGCGCAGAGCUUGACGACUGCGCGUCUCAAGUACCUCAAGCGCAAGAAGAACAAACGGAAGGCGAAGAAGGCCGCUCAGCCGAAGGGCAAGAAGAAGGCUGACGAUGCGGACGGCGCGACUGACAAGGAGAAAGUCGUCGUGGGUCAGAAGCGGCAGAGGGAGGAGGACAGCGACAGCAGCGACGACGAGUCGGACGAUUCGGAUGAGGAGGAGAACAAGCCGGUGCCGUCUGCGACUUCAGCAGGGCAGGACAAGUGGCCAGAGCUGACGGAGGAGCAGCGGAAGGCCAAGCUCGAGAAGAUCGCGCAGAUGAAGGCGGAGCGGCGGGAGAAGCGGUUGGCGAAGAAGGCUGAGAUCAAGCGGAUCAAAGCGGAGGGCGGAGUUGUGCCACCUCCGAAGCCCAGGGUCGUCGAGACGACGAAGCCUCGUGUGCGGCCGACGACGGUCGUGAAGGAGCCGAGCCCUCCGCCUGUCGAGGAGGAGGAGCAGGCGCCGACCGAGGAAGAGCUCGCUGAGCAGAAGCGGCAGGAGGAGAUAGCGGCGAGGAAGGCCUUGAAGGCGCUCAAGAAGCAGCAGCGACGACUACCGGAGGAGGAGCGGAAGGCAGCGUUGGCCAAGGCGGAGGCAGAACUCCUUCCGCCUCAGCACGACGCGAACGGUGACGUCUCGAUGGCCGACGGUGCAGCAGGGACCGAGGAAGAGUCGACGCUUAUUCCUACGGCACCUGGCGCCGUCAUCGACCAGCCCAAACUUGCUCGCUCUCCUUCUCCCGCCGCUCCUGCUUCCCCUCCCGCCCCUCUCUACCGCCUACCCUCGGCGACUCGUCCCGCACCUCCAUCCGCCAAGGUUCUCUCGGCGCUGAACGUUCACGAAACAGUGCGCGACAAGCAGGUUGUCGACCCAACACGAAAGGUCCCCAUCGGCGACAAGGUGGGCGAGGACGGCACGGGCGUUGGUGAGCGAGGCAGGAAGCGAUUGAAGGGCGACAUGGGCGUCGAAGAAUGGUUUGCAGUUCAAACUGCCGUCCUCCCGCUGCUCCUUCCUCCUUCCGCGCAACCUCCUGCGCUCUACUCCCCGUUCAGCCCCCCUCGCGACGUCUGCGUCUCUGCGCCGACCGGAAGUGGCAAGACGCUGAGCUACGUUGUCCCCAUCGUCGAGACUCUCCAGCAGCGCCUCGUCACGCGGUUACGUGCGCUCGUGCUGCUUCCCACGCGCGAUCUCGUCGGCCAGGUCAGGGAGACAUUUGAGCAGUAUGCGAAGGGGACAGGACUGAAGGUGGGCGUUGCGACUGGUCAACAUUCCGUUUCGCACGAGCAGAGCGUUCUGGUCGGCGGGGACGUCCUCGCCGACGUUGAGGGCGGCUUGAGUCAAGUAGACAUUCUCAUCGCGACACCAGGUCGUCUCAUGGACCACCUCAAAUCGACCGCGGGCUUCUCCCUGCAGCACCUUCGCUUCCUUGUCGUCGAUGAGGCCGACCGACUUUUGACACAGUCCUUCCAUGACUGGCUUCCAACCGUCCUCUCGGCCCUCAAGCCGUCCUUCUCCGCGCCUGCACUUCGCGACGACGACGAUCUCCUACCGGUCAAGCGAGAAAAGUGGACGAAGCGAAGCUUGUCCGCCGUCAAGAAGGCCGACGCACUCGCGCCGUACUGGUGGGACGCGGAGGGCAAGGUCGGACGUGUUGCGAGCGAUCUCGACGAGCGGUGUCACGGCUCCUGUCAGAAGCUGCUCUUCUCGGCGACCCUCUCUCGCGACCCGGCCAACAUCGACGCCUUGCACCUUCAUCGACCAGUCUACAUCUCGGUCGAAGACGCGCUCGACCCGCAUGCGGAGGACGAGGCUAUCGACAGCGAGCUCAAGUUCACAUUCCCAGCUGAGCUCUCGGAAUACAUGCUUAUCUCGCCUGCCUCGUACAAGCCGCUCUACCUCUUUCACCUUCUGCACACCCUCGCCAUCUCGUCGGCGCUCUGCUUCACCAAGUCGGUCGAGGCCGCCACGCGUCUUGCCAAGCUCGUCGAGUUCUUUGAGGAGGCUCGUGCUGCGGCUGCAGACGGCAGCGAGACGAAGAGGGUCGUCGUCAAGGCGUACUCGUCGGAGUUGGCGGCGGGCGAGCGGCACAAGGUCUUGCGGGAGUUCAAGAAGGGCGAGGUGCAGAUGCUUAUCUGUUCCGACCUCAUCGCUCGCGGCAUCGACAUUCCGAACGUCUCGCACGUCAUCAGCUACGACAUCCCCGUCGACAUGCGCAAGUAUGUGCACCGUGUUGGUCGUACUGCUCGUGCUGGCAACAAGGGUGACGCGUGGAGUCUGGUGGAGGAACAAGAGGUUGCUCCGUUCCGCUCCAUCAUGUCCAAGGCGCAGCACUACCAGAAGAUUGAGCGCGUCAAGGUCAAGGACAAGCUUGUCGAGCCGUUUGUCCCGGCUUACCAGGUCGCCCUCGAGCGCCUCAAGCAGUACUUCGCGACUGGGCGUACACGGGAACAGUCGGCGGCGUAG